UAUGAAGAAGGUGCUAAGAAUCUAGAGGUGGCGGAAAGAGAAAGAGUCAUGGAUGCGCGUCACUGCUCGCGUUCAUUAUAAUGGCGGAAGAGAUAACCAAGAACGACGUCGGAGUAACCUCCAAAACCACCAGAAGCAGCUCCAGGUUCUGGCCUCGUUGGAUUCCCACUUCCACCGAUCACAUCAUCGCUGCCGAGAAGCGCCUUCUUUCCGUCGUCAAGACUGGUUAUGUUCAAGAGCAUGUUAACAUUGGCUCUGGUCCUCCUGGCUCCAAAGUGAGGUGGUUCCGUUCAUCCAGCAACGAGCCGCGGUUUAUUAACACCGUUACAUUUGACAGUAAACCCCAUUCUCCAACGCUUGUCAUGAUUCAUGGUUAUGCUGCUUCACAGGGGUUCUUUUUUCGCAAUUUUGACGCGCUUGCGUCUCGAUUUAGAGUCAUUGCUGUUGAUCAACUUGGAUGGGGUGGAUCGAGCAGACCUGAUUUCACAUGCAAAAGCACUGAAGAAACUGAGGCAUGGUUUAUUGAUUCUUUUGAGGAAUGGAGAAAAGCCAAAAACUUGAGCAAUUUUAUACUGCUCGGACAUUCUUUUGGUGGUUAUGUUGCUGCCAAAUAUGCGCUCAAGCACCCUGAGCAUGUACAACACUUGAUUCUGGUUGGAUCUGCUGGAUUUUCAUCUGAAUCAGAUGCAAAGUCUGAGUGGAUAACAAGGUUUCGAGCAACAUGGAAGGGGGCAGUUUUGAACCAUCUUUGGGAAUCAAAUUUCACACCUCAGAAACUUGUCAGGGGUUUAGGUCCUUGGGGUCCCAACAUAGUCCGCAAGUAUACAAGUGCUAGGUUUGGUACACAUUCAACUGGGGAAAUACUGACUGAAGAGGAAUCAACAUUGCUGACAGACUAUGUUUACCACACAUUGGCGGCCAAAGCUAGUGGAGAGCUGUGCUUAAAAUAUAUUUUUUCAUUUGGAGCAUUUGCUAGGAUGCCCCUUCUUCUCAGUGCCUCAGAGUGGAAGGUGCCCACCACUUUCAUGUAUGGUUUCCAAGACUGGAUGAAUUAUCAAGGUGCCCAAGAAGCUCGCAAGCAUAUGAAGGUUCCAUGCGAAAUCAUCAGGAUUCCUCAGGGUGGGCACUUUGCGUUCAUUGACAACCCAACUGCCUUCCAUUCAGCUGUUUUUUAUGCUUGUCGAAGGUUUCUUACACCUGAUCCAGACAAUGAAUCUCUUCCUAAAGGGCUAACCUCUGCAUAGGUUAGGUCUUAAUUUUGUGCUAUUCCUGUCUAUAUGUAUUUUAAUAUUUUUUUUUACUAAUUAAAUUUCAUAAUUGAAUGAAAUCAUAUGUAUAUUGUUUCAGUAAAGUGGAAUUUACUGAAAAUAUUUGUAAUAGCAACUUCAACAAAAAUCGAUUUGUAGGAGAAAUUUCUUCCCUGGAAAUUGUUCUAUUUUAAAUCUUGUUGCUCAUAAGA